AUGGCGUCGAGUUCGGACGAAGGCGAGAUCAUCGAGAAUGGCGCUGAAGAUUUGAAGGCAACUUCACUGCAGCACACUGGACGAAGCAGUGUUGACCGUCAAGACAGACAAAAAAGUAGACUUUCGACUCCGGACCACGACUCGGCUUCCAGGCAAAGCAACACCUCGCGACGAAGCAACUCGCCCCGUGGUUCCAAGCGACCCUACGACGACAGGGAAAGGGAGAGGGACCGAGACUCCUACGGUUCGAGGCAUGACUCGGGACACUAUCGCUCUCACUACGAGGAUUCUCGACGCGACGAUAAUCGAAGGCCUCGCGGCCUGUACGACGACCUCGACCGACCUGCAUCACGCGCAUCCAAUUACAGUUACGAUGGCCGCGACCGGAGUCGGGAACGAGAUCACUAUCGCGACAAGGAUCGGGACUGGUAUGCGAACAAGCGCCCGCGAAACAGGAGCCGUUCUCCCCAUCGAUCCCGCCGCGCCGACAGGGGCAGGUUCGACCGCUUCGUGAGAGAAGGCCAGUACGAUCGUCGAGACGACGCACCCGGAGAGCUCAAGUAUGAUGAUGACCGCAGCUCGCGGAAUGGCGGUUCUGUGUCCAAGAGGACGACUGUAGGAGAGGCUUCACGCGCCCAGCGACAUGAUGCUAAACCAGACAAAGGCCUUUCAAAUGGAAAUGGCCCCUCCCGGAGUUCCCAGAGGUGCGUUGAAGUGCUGUACGAGUCGCAGCACGGUGCCAACCUUGCGAAUAGGCAACCCCUGGCUCGGCCGGAACCCGAACGGAAGCCCGAACCGGAGCCUGAGCCUGACUACGAGGAGCCUGAGCCCAUUGACGAAGAGGCCGAGAUCGAGCGACGACGCAAGCGACGAGAGGAGAUCCUGGCCAAGUCCAGCUCGGCGACUCCUCUUCUCCUUCAUGCCGUGGGUGCUGCGGCGAACAAGGCCCGCGCAUCAUCUCCCGCAUCGACUUUGCCCGACACGCCCAUGAGAACGCAGUCAGAGCUUGCCAGUCCUCGCACUCCCCGAUCGAACCUAGCGUCACCGCGCUCACCCGGAUCUCACGAUGAACCAUCGCCCGGCGGUAUCAACCUCCUCGAUGACAAGGAGUUGAUGAACACCCAUGGGAAGGCCCAACUAGAUGACGAGGAUGGUCCCUCUGCGGCUGAUUAUGACCCAACCGGGGACAUGCAAGAGGAUGAACGACGAGGUGAACUUAAACACGGACAUGUCGUACUUCAUGGUGAGCAUCAUCCUAUUGCAGCCGAACAACCACAAGAAGAAGUCCAGGAAAAGCCGUCUGAAAAGGCUACCGAUGAAGACGAGGACGGCGACUUUGACAUGUUUGCCGAAGACUUUGACGAGGACAAGUACGCAACAAAGCCCGUGGAGCCUCUCGCACCCGCACAGGGCGAUGGUGCAGCUCCUGAUGUCCAGGCCGUUGUCAAGGGGGGUAUUCUCGAAGGCGACGACAAGGACGGAUAUUACAAGAUUCGUAUCGGUGAGGUCCUGAACGGUCGAUAUCAGAUUCAAUCUGCACUAGGAAGGGGCAUGUUCUCGGGCGUGGCCCGGGCUGUCGACAUUACCACGAAGCAGCUUGUCGCCAUCAAGAUGAUGCGCAACAACGAUGCCCUCCGAAAGGGAGGCUACACUGAGAUUGCCAUCCUCGAGAAGCUCAACGACGCCGACCCUGAGAAUCGAAAGCACAUCAUCAAGUUUGAGCGUCAGUUCGACUACAAGGGUCAUCUGUGCAUGGUGUUUGAGAACUUGAGCAUGAACCUGCGAGAAGUGCUGCGCAAGUUUGGAAACAACGUGGGCAUCAACCUCGGGGCGACGCGAGCGUAUGCGUACCAGAUCUUUGUUGCUCUGGCACACAUGCGGAAGUGCAGCAUCAUCCAUGCUGAUCUCAAGCCCGACAACAUUCUGGUGAACGAGAGCCGCAACGUGCUCAAGAUCUGUGACUUGGGAACAGCCAUCGACAAGUCUGACGCAGCAACGGCGCAUAUGGACAUUACGCCAUACCUUGUCAGUAGAUUCUAUCGAGCGCCAGAGAUUAUUUUGGGAAUCCCUUACGACUACUCGGUUGAUAUGUGGUCCAUCGGCUGCACCCUGUAUGAGUUGUACACAGGCAAGAUCCUGUUCACCGGAGACAGCAACAACCAGAUGCUCAAGGCCAUUAUGGAGAUCCGAGGCAGGUUCACACCGAAAUUGUUCAAGCGAGGUCAACUGUCGGGUGUUCAUUUUGACGACAAGGGCCAAUUCAUCAGCGUCGAGCGUGACAAGGUUCUCGGAAAGACUACCGUUCGGACCAUGGCUGUGGUGAAACCCACACGCGACCUGCGGACGAGGCUCAUGGCCGCCUCGGGAGGGAUGAACGACGCCGAGACUAGGGAUCUGAACCAUUUCAUCGACCUCCUUGAGCACUGUCUCACGCUCAACCCGGACAAGAGGAUCAAACCUGCGGAUGCGCUCCGUCAUCCCUUCUUUACCUCGCGAGCGGGGCAUGUACGGCGGUGA